CCAAACUACUGUCUGUUAAAAAAAAUAAGGUACGUGACUAUUUUUUAAAUAACUGGAGAACGAAAAGAGAUAAAACGUUGCGGUUUUCACCAUUCGAAAGAGGAGACUUGAAGGCAUGUUUUCAUAAUCAAGAUUUUUUCAGAAGAGUAUUCUGGAACGGGUUCUUCAGAAGAUCUUCGAAAAACCAGACGUUUUUUUGUCGUGUAAACGUUUUCCAGUAGGACUGUAUUAAUCUUUUUCCAUGGGCGUAUAGGAUGGAGGACCUUCUUCAAAAUAGGUGUCAAGCAAGACCUUGAUUUUCUGCUGUUCGAGCGUUAUAUCGCAUUUCCUACGAGUCCCAGGACUGGCACCCGGUUACUAUUGGUCUUGAAGACGGUUGAACCAUGGAUAAUCGACCAUGCUGAGUCUCGUGGCAGUAUUUGUUUUGAGAAAAAAUUUCAAAAAUCUACCGAAAAACGAGUUGUACGAAAAAUAGGGUUUUCAGGCGGUUUUCACCUAUUAUUAAAAUAUUCACUAUUCACUCAAAAACAUCAGAAUGGCUUCACCACUUUAGAAUGUAGAGUAUUUAAGCUAUUUUAUAUCCUAUUCUCAAAAGAAAAUUUUCAGAACUCUAAGGUUUUCAAAAAGGGCUUCUGGAAAACCUAUUCAUAAAAGUGUACCUUUUUUAUUUCUUCGGCCUUAUAAUCACGUUUAGCGAACAACGUUAAUUAUAUUUCUUGAAGUUUUGAAGCCGUUCCGAAGUUUUUUGAGUGAAUAGUGAGUUUCUCAAUAAUGGGUGAAAACCGUCUGUAAUCCACCGUGCUAUCCGCCCAUGGAAAAAAAUUAAUACAGUCCUACUGGAAAACGUUUACACAACAAAAAAACGUCUGAUUUUUCGAGGAUCUUCUGGAGAACUCAUUUCAGAGAACUCUGCUGAAAAAAUCUUGAUUAUGAAAACAUGCCUUCAAGUCUCCUCUUUCGAAUGGUGAAAACCGCAACGUUUUAUCUCUUUUCGUUCUCCAGUUAUUUAAAAAAUAGUCAUAUGCCUUAUUUUUUUUAACAGACAGUAGUUUGGUGAAGGUAACUAAAUUACACACACGCUGAAACAAAUCUAAUUUUCAAUAUUUUAUUUGUGUAGAGACGAUAUAUGGUACAAACGUCAUUGUCUAUUACAACCGAAUAUAAAAUAUUUGGAACCAUCUUUAUCGUUACGUCGUACAUUGUUAUCAUUAUAUGAAUAUAAACACAAGAAAAAUAUUUAUACACAUGAAAUAUCUGAAUGUUGGUUACAGAGUGCUCGUAUUGCUCGCUCAGCGAAUAAUUCUAUGGCAGCCAUUGCAUCGUUAAUGAAAGCGAGUAAUACACAUCCAAUUGAAGUUGUUAUUGAACGCGCACAAUGGAUGUGGGAUAAAGGUGAAAAAGAUCGUGCUGUUAUGAGUUUAAAACAAAAACGAAAUGAAAUAUUUGCUAUUAAUUCAAACCGAACACCAGCAGCAGCAACCAGUAUAACUCAAAAUCAUCCAGUAUCAACUGAUUUAAAAGCUCGUCUAUGUUUAUUAUUGGCUCGUUAUAGUGAACAAAAUUCUCCCAGUGAACUUGUGAUUGAAAUGUAUACAUCUGUUCAAGAAUUAGCUCCACAUUGGGAAGAAGUACAUUUUUAUUUUGGUCAAUAUUAUGAUACUCUCGUAUCGACAACACUCGAUUCUGAUCAAUCUUCAACAACCACGACCAGUACAACAACAACAAAUAAUUUUUUAAUAUCAUCUCAUUUAAGUACAGAGAAAAAAAUUAAUUUAUUUAAAUAUAUCAAAUCAACAAUCAAUGGUUAUUGUGUAUCAUUAAAAUAUGGUAGUGAAUAUAUUUAUCAAUCAUUGACACGCCUAUUAACAAUGUGGUUAGAUUUUGGUACAGAUGUUUAUGCAUUACAAUUAAAAACAACUACUCAUUCAACUCGUCAUGUUCAAACAACUCAUUCUAAUACCGAUAUAACAUUAGAAAAUUUAGCAAAACAAACAUUAAAAGAAAUUAAUGAUAUUAUUAUAGAAUGGAUUAAACAUGUUCCAUUAUACAUUUUUCUAGUAUCAUUUCCUCAAUUAGUAUCACGUAUUUGUCAUUCACAUAAGGAUGUUUCAAUUGUUUUAAAUCAAAUAUUACUCAAUGUUUUUAUGGCUUAUCCACAUCAAACAAUGUGGAUGAUGGUUAAUGUUUAUAAUUCAACACAUUUAGCAAGAAAAGAAAAAUGUGCUUCAAUAUUUAGUCUAGCUAUAAAAGCAAAUUCAAAAUUAGGAAAAUUUAUUGAAGAUUCACAAGCUUUAACUAAACGUUUAGAUGAAUUAUGUUUAAAAGAAUUAGAAUUUGGUAUUAAUAAAUGUAGUUUACAAGCACAUUUUAAACCGUUAAAACGAUUAGUAGAAUCAAGUAAUUUUUCACAAAUAUUAAUUCCAUUACAAUCUCAAAUGCAAGUAAGUUUACCACCACCGUCAACAACAAUUGGUACACAUAAUUCAUGUGAAAAAACAACAACAAUAUCAUCGACAAAUCGACGAACAUCCAAUUCUAAAAAAUCAACAACAAAUGAAACAAAUAGUACACUUGUUGAAUCAAAACAUGAACCAUUUCCAAAUGUACCAUUAUAUUUACAAAGUUUUGAUGAUACAGUAGAAGUUUUAUCAUCGUUACAAAAACCCAAAAAAAUUGUUUUACGUGGUAGUGAUGGACAAGCAUAUCCAUUUUUAUGUAAAUCACGUGAUGAUUUACGUGUUGAUUCACGUUUUCUUGAAUUUUGUUCAAUAUUUAAUAAAUGUUUAAAAAAACAUGGUGAAUCAAGACGACGACAAUUGUAUAUUCGUACAUAUGCCGUUCAUCCAAUACAUGAACGAUGUGGUCUUAUUGAAUGGAUACCAAAUUUAUGUACAUUUCGUACAAUUGUUAAUAAAUAUUAUCGACAACGUGGUGUUGAUUUAACAAAUCGUGAAUUAAAAAAUUUAGCAGCUGAUAAAACAAAAACAAUAGCACAAAAAUUAGAUAAUUUUACUCAAAAAUUAUUAAAACAACAUCAACCACCCGUAUUUCAUCAAUAUUUUUUUGAUAUUUAUCCUGAUCCAAAUCGAUGGUAUAUUAAUCGUUUAAAUUAUAGUCGAACAACAGCCGUUAUUAGUAUUAUUGGUUAUAUUUUAGGUUUAGGUGAUAGACAUUGUGAAAAUAUUUUAUUAGAUAGUUGCUCGGGUGAUACGGUUCAUGUAGAUUUUAAUUGUUUAUUUAAUAAAGGUACAACAUUUGAAAUUCCUGAAAAAGUUCCAUUUCGUUUAACACAUAAUCUUGUUGAUGGAAUGGGUCCACUUGGAGUUGAAGGUGUUUAUCGUAAAACAUGUGAAAUAACAUUACAUUUAAUUCGAGAUGAAAAAGAAUUAUUAAUGUCUGUUUUAAAAACAUUUGUCUAUGAUCCAUUAGUGGAAUGGAAAUCAUCUCGAGAACAAGAUACAACAGCAACAAGAAAAGCAAUUGGUGGAGAUGGUGGAGAAAUUGUCAAUUCAAAAAAUUGUCAAAAAUGUCUUGAUCCCUGCCCUGGUCCAAGGACGGCACAAUUACAUGUAAAAAAUAUUAUGGAUCGUGUACGUGGUUUUUGUAUUGAUACAAGAAAUUCUAAGCAUAUUCCAUUACCAUUGUCAGUCGAAGGACAAGUAAAUCAUUUAAUUCAGGAAGCGACAGAUAAUCAUUUAUUAAGUCAGAUGUUUAUUGGAUGGGCAGCAUAUUUAUAA